AUGUCUAAUUCCGUCGUCAGUACUAAUUACGACUAUUUAAACUAUAACGAGUGGCUAGUUUUAAAUAAAUGCCCAUACAAAUUAACUCUUUCUAUUGAAGAAUUAACUAAACCAGCUGUAAAAAAACGGGAUAAAUCACCACGCCCACAAAACAGCUGGAUAAUUUUUCGAAGAGAUCACGAAGCGCAUUUACGUUUAUGUAAUCAACAUGUCAAACUAAACGUCAAAGAAACAGCAAAGGAAUGUAGUUUAAAGUGGAAAAUGUUAUCAAGCGAGGUUAAAUAUUUCUUUAAAAUAUUAGAGAAGAUAGCUUGCAAGAAUCACCAAAAUUUAUAUCCUGAUUAUAAGUAUAAGCCAAAAAAUGCAAAAGAUUCAAAGAAUAAGGGAUGGACUUUUCGUGAAGAAAAGAAAUACGCGUUUGUUCCGCUAUCCAACUCUAGCCCAAUGAGUAAUAACUCACCUCUUCAAACAACCAAUGAUAGUGGAAAUUCGAUCAACGACACGUUUAACGAAAUAACUUCAUUGGGUCAAUUAGAUUUCUCUUUUAACGUUGAUAAUAAUCAUCAACAAUUUUCUUUCUUAUUUGAAAAUGAUGGUGAUGGUAAGGUCUCUUUACCGCCAAACCAAUUCAUUACUAAUAAUCCAACAACAAUAUCAUCACCAUCACCCUUGUCGGAAUCACAGUCACUCUUACAACUAUUUAUCCUAGGAAAUUAUCAAUUUGAAGAUUUGUUAGAUGAUAACUUGUCUUUUUUCUAA